AUGACUCAUCCCCAUCUACAAGUCGAGAAAGAGCAUGAAAUGGGAAAUAAUCAUACCUCUGCACGUGGUCGUUCAACUGUGCCAAGGGGGGGUAAGUCAGCUAGGAGACGAAGAGCAAGGGCUGUUGCAGAACCUGACAGAGCAAGUCAUGUCGAACUGCGUGUUGGCGAAUAUGACGAUGAUGCGGAGGAUGUGACUCAAAGUCGGAGCGUUUUGAUCACCAUGAAAUUCCGUCACGUUUGCAAUGUUUCUGAAGGGAAAAGCUGGCCAGCAUCAGCAGAUGAAGAGUGCAUCAAUGAAAUGACAGGUGAACGUUACCUCAUGCCGGAGUUCACCAAAACAGUAAACGACGACCACAACCGCACGAUCUUUGCCAAGGUCGCAAGUUUGGUCUGGCAAGACCUUCAGAACAUGGCCAACAGCGACUGCCUUGUGAAUCGCAAGGUAAAAUGGAAUAAGCAAUCACUUUUCACAUUUGCGAAGGAGACGUACCAUGGAUUCAAAGAAGACUGGCGGGCCCAGAACGACGCCGAGAAGAAAGCUGCCAAAGAAAAAGCAGAUUGGCUUAUGACAGCACGUCAGGCUUACAUUGAGAAAUUCAGUGUUGAUCCAGUGGACCUUGUGCAUGCAGAUCAUAUGUCGGAUGAAGCAUCUGGACCAGACGAUGAUGAGUUGGAGGAUGGUUGGAAGCAAAGGAUGGCGGAGAAAAUGGGAAUGCCUGCCAACUCACAAGUCAAAAACUUGUCAUUCCUGGAGGUUACAAGAGUCCCUGGAGAUCUGACGAACACAGAUCGUCAAUCACAGCGUAUCCCCGAUUUCACUCCCUAUACCUUCGGCAUCAACACGGAAUGGCUCAAGGCCAACAAAGAUAGACUAGAGUAUCAAGACUUACUCAAGGAAUGGGGUGCAUGGGAGGACCCAGAAGGUUUUGGUUCGAAAAAAAGGGAGCAUCAGGAUGAUCAAGGCACUCCAAAUGAUGAAGUUGACCAGGACAACACUAGAGGAAGAGAAGGAUGA